AUGGGAGUUCAAUUUAACACCCUUGAAAGGGAAAAGAGGUUCCAAAACCCUCCCAAGGAUAAGUCUGCCUUCCCGUUAUUGGCCGACGCUGUCUUGCCCCACAUCGGUUCCUUCAACGCUUUGACCGAAGGUCCUGAUGGAGGUUUGUUGAACCUUGCAGUUAAGGACAUUGGUAGCAAGACCAUCUUCGACACCAAGGAUGACACUCGUUCCGGUAACAAGUUGCAGAUCAGAGUGGAAACCGUCGAGGUUUCCAAGCCAUUGGUUCCUGCCAACGACAAAUUGAGUAUUAAUAGAAAGACGUUACCAUCUGAGUGCAGAGAGAGAAUGACCACCUAUAGAUCCAAGUUAAUGUUGAAAGUCACCUGGAGCGUCAAUGACGGCGAAGAGGUCAGUGAAAUCAGAGAUGCUGGGCAAUUACCCGUCAUGUUGAAGACCAACAGAUGUCACUUGGAAAAGUUAUCCCCAGAAGAGUUGGUCAACAAAAAAGAAGAGUCCGACGAGUUGGGUGGUUAUUUCAUCGUUAACGGUAUCGAGAAGAUCAUCAGAAUGUUGAUUGUGCAAAGAAGAAAUUUCCCCAUGGCAAUCAUCAGAGGUAGUUUUGUCAACAGAGGCAGAGCCUACUCCAAGUACGGUAUCCAAAUCAGAUGUGUUAGACCAGAUCAAUCUUCCCAAACCAACGUCUUGCAUUACUUGAACGAUGGUAACGUUACCUUCAGAUUCUCGUGGAGAAAGAAUGAAUACUUGGUCCCAGUAGUCAUGAUCUUGAAGGCCUUGAUUGAAACCAACGAUCGUGAAAUCUUUGACAACAUCAUCGGUUCCGAUACUUCCAACUCUUUCUUGACCGAUAGAUUGGAAUUGCUUUUGAGAAAUUACAAGUCUUACAACUUGUACUCCAAACAAGAAACUUUAGCAUACUUGGGUGAUAAGUUCAGAGUUGUUUUUGGCGUGGAAGCCAAUGUGUCCGAUGUUGAGGUCGGAAAGCUUGUUUUGCAAAGAAUUGUUUUAGUUCAUUUGGACUCUAACUUAGACAAGUUCAGACUCUUAACCUUCAUGAUCAGAAAGUUGUACUCUCUUGUCGAGGGCCAAUGUUGUCCAGACAAUCCAGAUUCCGUCCAGAACCAAGAAAUCUUGUUGGGAGGUUUCUUGUAUGGUAUGAUAAUAAAGGAGAAGAUCGAGGAAUACUUGCAAAACUUUAAGCUUCAAGUCCAGUCUGACUUGAACCGUGGUAUUGCUGUGAAUUUCAAUGAUAGAAAAUAUAUUUCCAGAGUGUUCAUGAGAAUCAAUGAGAACAUCGGUCAAAAAUUACAAUACUUCUUAUCUACCGGUAAUUUGGUGUCCCAAUCGGGUUUGGAUUUACAGCAAGUGUCUGGUUAUACUGUGGUUGCUGAAAAGAUUAAUUUCCACAGAUUUAUAAGUCAUUUCAGAAUGGUGCACAGAGGUUCGUUCUUCGCCGAAUUGAAGACUACCACUGUCAGAAAGUUGUUACCCGAGUCAUGGGGUUUCUUGUGUCCUGUCCAUACUCCCGAUGGUUCUCCAUGUGGUUUGUUGAAUCACUUGGCUCAUAAAUGUAAGAUCUCGACCGAGCAAUCUGAUGUUUCUCGUGUUCCAGCAGUUUUGGCCAACCUUGGUAUGUUGCCUCCUUCGACCUUCGCAGCCGGUCCCAACUUGUGUUGUGUUAUGUUGGAUGGUAAGAUCAUUGGGUGGACUUCUCACGAACAAGGUCAAAUUUUGGCCACCACCUUGAGAUACUUGAAGGUUGAAGGUAGCCCCGAUCUUCCUCUCGACAUGGAAGUUGGAUACAUUCCACCAUCAGCCAAGGGUCAAUACCCAGGUUUGUACUUAUUUGCCGGAUCUGCCAGAAUGAUGAGACCAGUCAAAUACUUGCCUUUGAACAAGCAAGAUAUCUUGGGUCCUUUCGAGCAGGUCUACAUGAACAUCGCCGUCACCCCAGCAGAAAUCGAGAACAACAUUCACUCACAUGUUGAGUUCUCCCCAACCAACAUCUUAUCUAUUUUGGCUAACUUAACUCCAUUCUCGGAUUUCAACCAGUCUCCAAGAAACAUGUAUCAGUGUCAAAUGGGUAAGCAGACCAUGGGUACUCCCGGUGUUGCAUUAGUCCACAGAUCAGACAACAAGUUGUACAGACUCCAGACCGGCCAAACUCCUAUUGUGAAGGCCAAGUUAUACGACGACUAUGGUUUCGAUAACUUCCCCAACGGUAUGAACGCAGUUGUUGCUGUCAUUUCCUACACCGGUUACGAUAUGGACGAUGCUAUGAUUAUUAACAAAUCUGCAGACGAGAGAGGAUUUGGAUACGGUACUGUGUACAAGGUCGAAAAGGUGGACUUGUCACAAUCCAGAAGAAGAGGAGAUCCUAUAACCCAGCAUUUCGGAUUUGGAGAAGACGAAUGGCCAGAAAGCUGGAAGGAAAAGUUGGAUGCCGAUGGUUUGCCAUUAAUUGGUGUCCAGGUGCAAGAAGGUGAUCCAAUUGUUGCUUACUACGACGAGACUUCGGGUAAGACCAAGGUCAAGACUUACCAUUCCAGCGAACCAGGUUUCAUUGAGGAAGUCAAGUUGUUGGGUGACGAUAACACUGAUCAAGAAUGUCAGCAACUUACCAUCAAGUUCAGAGUCACAAGACAACCAAUCAUUGGUGACAAGUUCUCGUCCAGACACGGUCAAAAGGGUGUCUGUUCUCGUAAAUGGCCCCAGAUUGACAUGCCAUUUUCGGAAACUGGUAUCCAGCCAGAUGUCAUCAUUAACCCCCACGCCUUCCCUUCGAGAAUGACCAUUGGUAUGUUCGUCGAAUCGCUUGCCGGUAAGGCCGGUGCCUUGCAUGGUAUCUCGCAAGACUCCACUCCAUGGAAGUUCAGCGAAGACGAUACCCCUGCUGAUUUCUUUGGUGAGCAAUUGAGACAGGCUGGUUACAACUACCACGGUAACGAGCCAAUGUACUCUGGUGCCACCGGUGAAGAGUUGAGAGCAGACAUUUAUAUCGGAUGUGUUUACUACCAAAGAUUGAGACAUAUGGUUAACGAUAAGUUCCAAGUCAGAUCGACCGGUCCCGUCAACUCCUUGACAAUGCAACCUGUCAAGGGUAGAAAGAGAUCCGGUGGUAUCCGUGUGGGUGAGAUGGAAAGAGAUGCAUUGAUUGGUCAUGGUACUGCCUUCCUUUUACAGGAUAGAUUGUUGAACUGUUCGGACUACACCCAGAGUCCUAUCUGCAGAUCGUGUGGUUCGAUUUUGACCACGCAAACGUCUGUCCCAAGAAUCGGUACGAUGGCCUCGGUGAGAUGUCGUAACUGUUCCUACAAGUUGGAGACUUACGUGCAGAAGUUUGGUCAUGUUGACGAUUCCGAAAUCUGGGAGGAUGGACAAGGUAGAAAGUUCAUUGGAGGUGAAGAUACCACUACUGUGGCCAUUCCUUUCGUGUUGAAAUACUUGGACUCCGAAUUGUCUGCCAUGGGUAUCAAGAUGAGAUAUAAUGUUGCUGCCAGAUAA